CGGUGCCCCGAAGAGACCGAUUAAUUUGGACAUGAGUCCUUCACCAGGGCACUGAGCAAGUUGUGAUACUUUUGCUUUGCGGAGACCUUGGCCACGGGUCUUGUGGGUUAAAGGAUGUGCCGUUUUGUGAAAACUUGGAACCUCAGGAACCUCCAAAAAGGUCCAACUUGAAAAAAGAAAAACAGCCACACAUAUGGGCGCGAAGAGGUGUCGUCAAGCCAGAGAGCUCCACCCUAAGAGUGAUGGCCUCCAACAUAUAAAGUCUACUAAAAUGGCCCUCCGCAGCACACUUUGCUUAAGCAACCCUUCGAUCUUGCUUCCUGACGAAUCUCCCAGCAGAACAUGCAGGGAUACUCCGGCUUCAACACUGCUACCACUGGAGGUGCCAUGGCCUUCGCCUUGGCGCCGGCGCGCAGCGAGGCUCGCACCGAGCACUUCAGCUACUGCCCUGGUGAAACGUUGAAGAUGACUGCUGCGUUGCAAAUCGAACAGCCACUGUUUUGGAGUGGUUCCAGCUCAGAUGCCAUCCGCCCACCCCCUGGUUUGGCGCCAACCGUUGGUGCCAAGGCACAGUCGCCGAUGCCAGCGGAGCCCGAGCCGGAGAGCCGUUCCGACGCGGAGAACGCGCCUCACAGCAGUGCGGCCAGCACUGCGGACACGGAGAACAUCGCAGGUGUGCAUGUGGCAAGCACAGUACCAAGCGCGGAGGUGCCAACGCGUGGCUCCGCUGGGCACGGUCUCGGAGCGUGCAAGCCCUGUGCCUUCUUUUACAAGGAUGGAUGCCAAAGUGGCUUCGAGUGUGCCUUUUGCCAUCUUUGCCCACCAGGAGAGAAGAUUCGCCGCAAGAAGGAACUCAAGCAGCGAAGGAAGUUGAACAAGAAGCAGUAGGCGCUGCAAGGAUCGGUUGAAGCUGAAGGGCAGCUUGGACAGUCCUUUGCGGCCCGAAAAGUGUGCAUCCGUCGGGCCCACCGGGGGAAGCCAUCUGACACAGAGCUCGCAUGGGCCCUGCGUACUCGUCGAAGUUGCGGACUCAAGCGGCCGUGCUGUGUGUAUCAUAGUCUG